AUGGCUGACCGUUCUAUCAAACAUCUUGUAGGGAUACUUUACGACAUCUUGGUGAAGGUUGAUAGGUUCAUUUUCCCAGCCAAUUUUGUCAUUCUUGGUUAUGAAAUAGAUGCUGAAAUUCCCAUUGUUUUUGGAAGACCAUUUGUAGCAAAAAGAAGAGUUUUGGUAGAUGUUAAAAGCGGAGAUUUGAAGUUUCGGGUGAACGAAGAUGAAGUAACCUUCAAUGUUUGUUAUGAAGAAGUAGUAGAUGUUCUUUCAAGCUUUCGAGGGUAUUCAAAGAUUCCAUUGACAUUGGAGAUUGAUUUGAAAAAUAGAGAGAAUCCUCCCGCAAAGCCACCAACAGAAGACCCACCAAGUCUGGAAUUAAAAACACUUCCCCUCAUCUCCGAUAUGCUUUCUUUCGGGCAAAUAACACCCUACCGGUAA